AGUUUUACAGAUCUGUGUGACAGCGAUAGAACGUUUCAAACUGAUCUCUGGAGUUGAAGUGAUGAAUUCGUUGCUGUUCGGACUGAGUUUAUUUUUUGGACUUUUUGGUCUCAUCUGGACUCAACAGCAUGUCAACGAGCGGAAAUGUGGACCUCCUCCUUCCCGGAGCCUCACCCUCUAUCAGAAGUGUGAAAAUGGAGUCAUCAGUAACUUCUUGAACGCCUCCAGUCAAUCCACUUUAACUGGUCCAGUAGCAACUUUAAUAAUCCCCAUCGUUUACACUGUGGUGUUUCUGGUGGGGCUACCAGCAAAUGCUGUCGCUCUCUGGGUCUUGCUUACCAAAGUCAAGAAGCUGCCCUCUGUAAUUUUGCUCGUCAACCUGGCCCUUGCAGAUCUCCUCCUCAUUCUGUUUUUGCCUUUCAAAGCAGUCUACUACUUUCUGGGGAGCCACUGGACGUUUGGAGAGCCUAUGUGCCGUAUUGUCACCGCAGCCAUUUAUGGCAACAUGUACUGCUCCAUCCUCUGCCUCACGCUCAUCAGUAUCGACCGCUAUAUCUCUCUGGUCCACCCCUUUUCAGCCAAGAGCUUCAGAAGCAGGACGCUGGCCAUCUCAACUUGUGCUGUGGCUUGGGCAACUGCCAUAGCAGCCAUGGCGCCGUUUGUCUUGAACAAACAGUCUUACCCCAUCAACGGCACCGACCUGAUCAUCUGCCAUGACGUUUUACCAGAAUCUCUAAAUACCGGCUUGUUCAUCUACUACUUCUCAUUUCUGUCAGGGUUUGGGUUCCUUGUUCCCUUCAUUUCCAUCCUAUUCUGUUAUGUUUCCAUUGUGUUUUCGAUGAUUCGGCACAAAGAACGUUUCGCACGAACUAUCAAGAUCACCAUCCUGGUACUGACUGUUUUCACUGUGUGCUAUAUUCCCAGUCAUGUCAUUCUGUUGCUUCAUUACUUCAGAGAUAAAGCCUGGCAGGACCCCCUCUUGUAUUUGGCCUACAUGAUUGGCCUAGCCCUCAGCACGUGCAACAGCGCUAUUGACCCUUUUCUUUACUACUACGUGUCGGAUGAUUUCAGAGCCAAAGUCAAGGGGGCGUUGGUUGGGCUAAGGACACAAGAAAGCACUCAGGGAUCACAAACAACACAACAAUCCUCUAACAAACUGAAGUCGGAAGAAAUCAUAUAAUUUGUAAAAACUAGCUCUUUAGAAAAAGAAGAAAGGACAUGAUGGACUGACAUUUGACAUUUGUUUUUUAAAUAAUACCUUCAUUUUGAUAGUGGUUGCUACACACACAUAAUUAUCUUUUCGAUAAUAAUAAGGAGAAUAAUCCUACUGACAAGCUGUAAAAUAGAGGUAUAAAUGAUUCUCAUUUCUACUUUUAAAGAUACUAUUUAUUUAGCUAAUGCCUUUAUUCAAGACAACUCACAUUGAAAACAAUGAACUGUACAAAGUACACACUGCACAAGAAACAUGCAGAACACAAAGUAGUACCAAUAAGAUUAUUGGUUACUAUAAUUUCUCAAAAUAAUUCAAUAUUUCAAACUCUGAUGGUUUGUCUUGUUUUGAUAAAGAAGCAAGGAACACGAAGAUAUGGUCAUAUAAAAUAAGAAUUGUAUUUAAGAACUAAUUAGAAUGCCUCAACUGCUAAAUGAAAUAUGCUCUGUUGACCAAGAAACAAUAAUGAUAGUGCAAUAGAUAUUUAACAGAAUAUUAUUUUCUAUAUUUUCACAUGGUGUGAUUGCUUAUAAGUAGUAUGCACAGUAAGUACCAAUUAGAAAACAAUGAGAAUGAGGAUAUAGAAAUAUAAUCUGAUGAAAACCACAAUCAGUGUUGGAAGAUUUCAGGGCUUCUUAUAACCUCACAGACAAAAAAUUCUAUGAAAAGGUAAUUCAUACUUACCAAUGAAGGUGAUAUUGCUUCGUGAAAGACCAUGUCUGUUUAAAAGACUGUGUCUAUUUAAGACCAAUAUUCAUUUUUAAAACUUUGUGCUGGUAGCAAAAUGCUUGAAAAUCAAAAAACAUAUGAAUAAUUGUAAUUGUCAUUGUCAGAAGCUGGACUUUGUGUUCUUAAGGCUUAUUUAUCUAUUAUAGCUUAUUUGCCUUUUCUCUCACACAAUUACGGAAAUAAUUGAGCUACAUCCUUUAUUUCUGAACCAAUAAAAAAUAAUUUAUUUUAUAGCAUUUUUGUGUAAACAAGCCAAUGUAUAUAUCAACCAGUGUCUAUCAGUCAGACCCCUUAUAGAAAGCCUGUCUAGGAAGCAAGUAGCAAGUAGCUUGGUUCUGAGACCGUAAUUCUGAGAAAGGAUAUGAAGCAAAUAGUUCAUUUUAAGAAUGUCUUAUGUGCUUAGUCUUCAACAUAUGGUAAGUGCUAAAUAAAAACAGCCAGCAUGAUUGACUAUAGCGUAUAAAAAUGAAAGUCACAAUAACACAAAAGCCCACAAUCUUCAACCAUAUCACCUGCUUCAUUUUCUUUUAACUUUAUUUACUAUUCUUGUAAAGCACGUUGAGAUCACAGCUAUAUAAAAUGGGUGAUAAUUAUUAAAAGAAAGGUUUGGAUAAGAGAAGCACAUGAAAAAAUCAUGCAACAUCAACUGAAUUCCUGAAAUCAGACAGGCUGUUAUGCUAUAAUCUUCUGCUCUAAAGCAAUAGAUGAAAAUCAGAAUGAAGUGCAUAUCUGAAUAAAAUAUAUUCCAGAAAGCUUUCAUUAUCAGUUAUUGUUGGUAGAAAAUUUGUUAAUCAAGUACAGGACCUCUUAAAACAGUCCCAAUUGUAGUAGAAAUUUUAACAUUCUUGUAAUUCCCAUCAUAAAUACUUAAAAUUCUAACCCAGAGUGUAAAGUUUAUAGGCUCUAUACUUUUCACCUCAUUUCUUCUUAUAUAGACAGUCUUCUAUAUUAUAUAGCAGUCUUACUGCUACAAUUUCAUGAACACCACAAAAUACAAUUUUGAGAAUAUGGUGCCUACAGUUGCUGAAGUCUUUACGAUUUGUAACAUUGUCUGGACUAUGAAUAAUCAGAUAUAAACACUAUGUAGAAAACAUUCAUUUAAUACAAGAAACAAACUUCCUUCACAAUCUGUCAUUUCAGUUACAUUUUUUUCAAAAAGGUAAAUGAACUAGUUAAAAAUGGCACAUAUACACUGUACAGUAUUUACAGUUAAUUUGAGCAAUACAUAAAGCUAUGCACCAUCAAAAACUAAAAAUAAGAACAUGCCAAAAUUAAAACCAUACUUUUUACAGCACAAAUAACCUUUAAAAAAGUUUCUGUUGUUAAACAUGUUAAAAAGUUUUUGCUAUUAAAUAUUACAAAUUAAUCUUUAAUGCAAUUAGGUAGUGCUUAGAUCACUGCAAAUGCAAAAAGAGUAAUUAGUUCAAUUAUUAGUAAGAUGAAAGGAAUUGUCAAAGAUUGACAGAUGAUGAAGGAGUGGUAAAGCAUGCAUCUUAAAGAGUUUUGUAAUGGACAUCAGAAUCUGAAUUUUAACAUGGUUUGUUUCAUAGCUCACUCAGGCACUGAUUCAGGGAAAGAAAUCACAUUCACAAAAUUUUCAAAAUUAGUGAUGCUUCUGCUGAUCCCACAGAAUAGGAAUUUAAUUUUUAAGCCUGUACUGUUGCUGCAUACAGCUGUCAACUAUGUACCGAGUAGCUGUAACAUACACUGGGGUUGUGAAAAUUCUUGCCAAUGCUCAUAAAUGAUAAAACUAGCUACUGUCUUGUGGUAAGAAACACACACGCUAGUUACUGCUUUAAUUGCUGAAAUACUCUGGUUGUAUAAAAUAAUGUGUACUGCGGAAUAUUUUACUAUCCAAUAGAGUACUUUGCAUUUGUAAAUGUACAAUUUAAAAAUAAACAUUUAAUCAUGAA